AGUUAGGUUGGGUUCAUUUAUCAGCCUCUGCCAUUUUUUCUUAGAAAAUACGCACUUAUGAUGCUGUCUGCUAUCGCUAUGUGCAAUUUAAAUAUGUAUUGAUUUUCUCAACAUUUCCGUUUUUAACAUUGUAAACUAGACUCAUAAAAUGCAGUUAAGGAACUGUUUUUUUACAUUAAAAAUUCCGACUUAAAUUUUAGUUUAUUUUCGGCCUUUUUAUUAGUUGAUUAAAUAAAUAAAAGAGAAAUAACAUUAUAUUCUUAUACGUAAGAUUUAGUCAUUUUGCUUAUUGUAAAUGAGUAAUUUUACAAAUAUUUAUAAGCAAGAUAUUAAAAUGAAGAAUACAUAAACCAAACCAAAGAACUAUCAGAAUUAAUAAAAAGUAAUAAAACUUACAAUGAACGUAAAACUCAAAACAAAUGAAAUAAAAUUAGGUCAAUUUUAUUAUAUUUGUAUGCACAAACAACUCAAAGUAGAAGAAUGGCUGUUGUACAAUUUAUCAAUUGUGAAUAGCAGAGUCAGUAUUCAUUCUCCAACAUUUCCUGGUUAUACUGCAUUACAUUUUGCUGUGGUAUGUAAACAUUUACGAGCAGUAAAAAUAUUACUUGAACACAAAGCUGACUUUACAAUCAAAAAUGCCAAAGGACAAACAGCUUUACAUCUUGCUAUGACAAUGAUACUAUUGGAUAAGGCACCAAAGAGAAAACAUAAUUUAAUUCCUAUAAUCGAUGAGAUUUUAGUUGCUCACAAAAAGAAUUACAUUAAUGUUUUAGAUAAUAUGGGAUUGUCACAUUUUCAUAUAGCAUGUUUCAGAAAUAAUUAUUCAAUUGUACUAGGCUUUUUAGAAAAUAAAGUUGAUUUUAAUAGUUAUAUCAGCCAUAGUUCACCAUACUGGCCUGGCUACACACCGUUACAUAUUGCAUCCACAUAUUCCAUUUUGUCUACAACAAAUUUACUUCUGAAAUUUGGUGCUGACGUAAACAUAAAAAAUGCAGCAGGGUUAACUCCACUUCACGUUGCAAUAAAAAAGUGUGAUGAACUACUUAUAGAAUCAUUAUUUUCAGCUCUUGGACAAAAUUCUAUAAAUCCAAUUGAUAACAAUGGAAUAUCCUUACUGCAUGUUUAUUGUAUGGGCAAUUGUAAAUUACACUCUUUAGAAAAGAUAUUGCAACAGGUCGUCAACAUAAAUAUUCCUGUAAAGUCUGAUUCAAUUUUGUGGCCUGGGUAUACCCCAUUACACGUUGCUGUUCAUUGUAAAUGCACAUAUCGAAUCGUAUUGUUAUUGCAACGUAGAGCUGAUAUAAAUGCCAAAAAUGCAGCUGGUAUUAGCCCAAUUCAAUUAGCUAUUCGUACCAAAUUGAUUACCAAUACUUUUAUUUACUAUGUACAUGAAAACAUCAAACAAAUUUUCCAAAUUGAUAACUGCAGCCCAAAGAUGUUUGAAUUUUAUUGCACUUGUCUGAAUUCAAAUUUGGAUUCUAUCAAAUAUGUUUUAAAUAAUGGAUUUAAUAUUAAUACAACUAUACCUUCAAAGUGUCCUAUAAAGUUGUCAGGUUACACUGCAUUACAUUUUGCAGUUGAACUUGCUGAUAUAGAAAUGAUUGAUUUUCUACUGCAAAAUGGAGCUGAUUUAUGUAUUCAAGAUGUUAAUGGAUCAACGCCAGUUCAUAUUGCAGUUUAUAAAAAAGAUUAUAGUAUUGUGAAGAGAAUGUUUUCAUAUUAUACUGAAACAAUGAAGAAUUCUGUUGAUAAUAAAGGAUUAUCACACUUACAUGCUGCUUGUUUAGCUAAUAGAGCAGAUAUAGUCAAGAAUAUUUUAGAUUCAGGUUCAUUUGUAGACAUGGCUACUAGUAUUGGAGAAACUCCCUUACAUUUUGCAGUGAAAUUUAAUUGUAUAGAAAUAGUAGAAGUACUUUUGGAAAGGAAUGCUGAUUUUACUCUUCAAGAAACGUAUACUGGUUCAACUCCACUUCACUUUGCUAUUCAAAAACAGUAUAAGGAAAUCAUAAUUAUGAUUUUAUCAGUUCAUAAUAGAAAAAUUAUCAAUCCAGUUAAUAAUUUUGGACUAUCUCAUUUUCACAUUUUAUGUAUGAAAAAUGAAAGCAUUCUAAUUAAUCAAUUUCUACAAAAUAAAAUAGGUACUGAGGAUCAAGUUAAAUUAGAUUCACCAAUAUACCCAGGCUUCAGACCAUUACACUUUGCUGUGAAAAAUGGUCACAUAGAAAGUACGAAAAUACUUUUGAACAGUAAUUUUGAUAUUAUAACCAAAGAUAUUUUUAAUAAGGUUCCUUUACAUUACAUUGGUAAAUUACACCCAAAUGAAUCCAAACAGAUUUUGGAUGCCUUUUGGCUUGUAAUUCAGAAUAAAGAUACACAGCUUGCCGAAAAAACUGGAUUAACUGCAUUACAUGUUGCUUGUAUGAGGGAUGACAUACUUGCGGUUAAAAAUCUACUUCAUAAAGAUGUAGAUAUUAAUGCACAUGCUAGUUUACAAUGUCCUAUCUAUUCAGGAUGCAGUCCUCUGUAUUUAGCAGUUAAAUACAAUAAAAUUCGUAUUAUCAAGAUGCUACUAUGUUAUGGCGCUAAUGUAAAUAGUGAAGAUAAAUAUGGUUUCACUCCACUUCAUAUAGCUUGUUCCAAUGCAAAAAUCAAAGCAAUAGAAAUAUUACUGACUUACAAUGCUGAUCCAAGCGUGAAGAGUGCAAGACAAAUUACUCCACUUCGUUUAGCUUUACAAUCAAAUAAUGAAAAAAUUAUACAAAUAAUUUUAUCACAUCCUACUUCUAAGCGUAACAAUCCAAUGGAUAACAAGGGAUUGACGUAUUUCCAUAUUGUUUGUCUAAGGGGCAUGAUAGAAACAGCCAGAGAUUAUAUUCACUGUGGAGUAAAUCUCGAUGAACCCGUUCAUCCAUUCGCUCAAAAAUAUUCUGGCUACACGCCAUUGCAUAUAGCAGUAUACAAAAAAAAUCGUCAAAUGGUCGAUCUGAUUUUGGGUCACUGGACGAAAAUCAAUACCAGAAACAGAGAAGGUGCAACAGCAUUGCAUCUGACUUGUAUCCCUCGAGCUGGCUAUGCCGACAUAGCUGCCAAACUUUUGUUGUAUGGUGCCGAUCCAGAUGUCAGGAAUAAUUUAGGAUUCACUCUAGUCGAGCUGGCAAUAAAGUAUAACAAAACUAAUAUUCUCGAUGUUGCUUUCAAGUACAAAGCUAGUCCUAAUCUAAUGAGUCCAAUGAUCAUGAAUUAUCGACCUCUCGAAUUGGCAAUCGCCUGGCAACGUGAAAAAAUUGUCGGGGUACUUUUGAAAAACGGAGCUAGCGUUCAUUUUACAAGUUUGGAAGGGGGUACUCUGAUUCACCAGACGAUUCAGUUGGUGCAGGCGAAAGAACAUUAUUACGCACGGAUUUUCACUCAAUUAAUGGAGCACGGUUGCGACCUGAAUACAACAGACUGCUCCGGUCGGACAGCUCUUCAUCACGCGUAUUGGCCGGUCAAUCUUGCCGCGCUAAAAGCACUCUUGAGAUGCGGCGCGAAUAUUGACGUGGAGGAUCGCAGCGGUCGCACCAUAGUCUCUUACUUCUUCGAAAUUUCAACGAGCAGAAUGCCUAGGCUCGAGCUCUACGAAAUUUUCUGCAAGCACUUGCAGGUCAGAAAGUUGGCUGGUUUUCCAAUAAGCCACACUAACGAGCUUCUGUACGAGAGGCUGCUCAAGGAAAAUGAAAACAAUUUGGAUGACGAGGAGGAGCACGACGAGAAGAACACUUUGGCAAACGCGUGUAAAAUGGAACUUGAGCGGAUGAAGAGCACUUACUUCGGAUACGUGUCUUUGUACGAGAUGUUCCGAAACGUCAAUAAAAUGGCAACGCAUCUGGCACGGAACGGAGCGUUCGCCCGAUUAAUCAAAUCCAAUCAAUUGGCCCAGCUCUUUCCGGAAUGUGGCUGCCUUGUCAUGAUGCAAUACGGAAAAGCUUUGGCUAGAAAAGAUCUGCUAGAACCUGCACUUGAAGCGCUCGACGCAUUGAUAAUCGAAAGCUUUGACGAAAUAUGCUGGAAUCUGGACUGCUCUGAUGCUGUAAUUGAUUAUUUAAAUAACACUGAUCUGUGCAGUUUAGCUGCUGCAGUCCGCGCGGACUAAUAUCUGUAUAAAUUUUGUAUUAACUUGUGAUCAACUUUCAGUCAACGGAUACUAAUUGCUUGAAUGUUGCCAAUGUAAUGUAACGUCUAAAUUGUUUCAAUAAAUCUUGUCAAAAAACUGAUCAGCAGGACAGUCUUUGAUUCUCGAGACGACAGUCUCCAAAACACAAACUUUCUUCAUCAGAGACAAAUAGAUACAGGCAAACCCAACAAUAAGAUUCUUUCUG